CAUUAUGUGCUUAGCGGUAAUUUCUGUGUCCGCCGCCUCGUUCCGGGAAAGGGGAGAGUUUAGUCGAUAUAAUGGAAGUUAUGAAGACUGAGCGAACACAAACAUUACAUACUCUGGCCGAGGUCCGACAGCUGCUCAUCUGUCUGGAAUAAGAAGAAGAACAUGCACUAAUGACCGGAUCCCCACCCAAACCCUGUCGAAUAAUGAUCAGAGAAAUUGUCAUAGUGCGCCACCCCGUCUCCGUGUGUGUGCCUGUGAACCAUCAGGUGACUCUGAGUGUCCGUGCUGAGGGCACAGGUGUCCUCAAAUACCAGUGGUUCACUAGUGAUGAAGAGCUACUUGGUGGUACUGAGGCAGACCUGACCAUCAGAGCCAAAGACACUAAGCUCUAUGUGUGCCGAGUGAAUGACCACCGUGGUAACUACGAGUUCAGUGAAUGGGCGAAAGUGAAGGUGUUAGACAUCGAUAAGUCAGGUUUGCCGGUACACUGGCAGGGUGAACCACACAUUGCUGUCAAUCCUAAACCCCAGACAGUCCGACAAGGUACGAAACUCACCCUCCGCUGCACUGCCUUUGGCAUCCCCACUCCUCACUAUCAGUGGUACAGAAAUGGACAGCCACUGCCGGACAAGACUGGUGACACUCUGCAGAUUGACCAUGCAACAGGCGAACACAGAGGCUCAUACCUGUGCUCCAUAUCUAACGUGCUAGAGGAGAGAUGGACCGAGGCAGUCGACGUUGACAUAGUGCAACCUGAUCAGCUCCCUCCUGCAGCACUCACAGCCACUGAUAAAGUUGCCCUUCUCAUUGGCAACCUGAAUUACACAAACCACCCUAACCUGAUGGCCCCCGUUAUGGAUGUACAUGAGUUGGCCAACCUCCUGCAGCAGCUCGGCUUCAGAGUUGUUUCCCUCCUGGAUCUCACCAAGGAGGAGAUGGUUGCCGCUAUUGAAAAGUUCACCCAGCUCCUGGACAGAGGAGUUUAUGGCCUUUGCUACUAUGCGGGUCAUGGGUAUGAGCAUGCGGGGAGGAAUUACUUGGUAGCUGUUGAUGCUCCACAGCCGUAUCGACCUGAAAACUGUGUGUGUGUGCAGAGGGUCAUGCUCAGCAUGCAGAAAAGACGCACUGCGCUGAGUGUGAUCUUACUGGACACCUGCAGAAAGUGGUACAACCAGGAUUGCAUUCCUUCAGGCAUCAUGCCACUGGGACCCACUGGGAAUACUGUUUACGGUUAUGCCACAUGUGAAGAUGCGGAGGCAUUUGAGGUCCAGGACGGAGGGAAAAGUACUGGAAUCUUCACAAAGUACUUGAACGAUCACAUCCUACAGACUGACAAAGUCACACAUGUCUUGGAGAGGGUGUCUGAGGAUCUGAGCAAAGACCCUCUUGUGAGAGGUAAGCAGGUGGUGGAGAUCAAACACACCCUGAAGGAAGCCCGAUCCCUUGCAGACCCAGUUCAGACUGCCGGCCACACAAGGGAGCUACACCUGCGAGAUGCCUGCUGGAAACGGGCAAAUGAGCUACCACGGAAGAAGCGGCUAAUGUUUCUUUGCGGAGUGGAAGUGGAGGUCAGCUUCUCGGCUUUGUUCUCUAACGUGUUGGUGGCGUUUGCCACUGUGAAGACCACAGGCCCCCGGACCCAGGACUGCACGGUCACUCUGAGUAGCAAACCUCCGAUGGAGGACAUAUUUUCCGGCCCUGGCAGGUCAGAUGAAAUGGACUCUUUACUAUUUAAGAAAUCAGAUAAUCCAGACUGCACUCUACGACUCUGUGGUCUUCAAAAGCUCAAGGAGUCCCUGCUCAUAAAGGUGGAUCUACACUAUACUCACAAGGACAGUAAACUGCGCCAGACAGAGAGCCAACACGUGAACAUAGGAGAGCCUCUGGCGGCAUCUUGGAAACUGUACAGGAGGAAUCAUCAAACGACAACAACAACCAAGAAACAAGAAGGUGCCUGUGCUCUAAGCAUGGGCAACAUUUCAAGCAGCAAGCCACCACUGCAUCACACUCAGGCUGGUCCAUGUCGCCCUUUCACCAGAAAGGCAGUGUGCGCUGCUAAAGUUGCCUCCACACGGAGCAACGAACCUGAAGAGAAUGAUGAGAACGAACUGCAUUGCCUUGCUCAUCGACAUUAGGGCUUUCUGGUCCUGUUAUUGUAAAUACAAGUCUGACACGUUUCAUUUUUUUUUUUACUGAUGUGAUUAGGAAUUUCUUAGUUGCUGAUCAUGCAUCUUUGUUGAUUGUGGUUGGUGAUGAUGAUGAAUGAGUGAGGGAAUGACUGGAGUUUGUGUUUGGUUUGUAUUAUCAUUUAAUCCUUAAUUAAACACUGAAGAAACAUUAAGCAAUGCUUUUGCAAACCACUGAUUUCAUCAUAAACUGUGUAAUACUUUAAAAUGAUUCCUUUUUCAUCAGUGGCAAGCUGGCUAGCCUAACUUAUUAAAGACUAUUCCUGUAAUUUAUCAAAUAAAGACUACUACUUUCA